AUGAGCAACGAUAAGCGAACGCGGUUGUUCCGCGUGCGCAAGACGAUUCACAAAAUGCUCGCAGCGCGUGGAUACCUCGUGAGCGCGAAAGAGCUCGAGAGAGAUAUCGAUUCGUUCACGGAGGAUUUCGGCGAAGAGCCAAAGCGAGAGAGCCUGACGAUCCUGGCGCCGAAACGCGACGAUCCCUCGGAAAAUAUCUUCGUGUUCUUCCCGGACGAGGAAAAGGUUGGUGUGAAGACGAUUAAGGAUCUGGCGAAGCGCAUGAAGGAUGAAAAUGUGUUUCGAGCGAUCAUCGUGGUGCAGGCGUCGCUGACGCCGUUCGCGAAGCAGUCGUUGCUGGAGUGUCAGACGCAAAAGUUUUACAUCGAACAGUUCCAAGAGACGGAGUUGUUGGUGAACAUCAUCGAUCACGUGUUGGUGCCGGAACAUAUUUUGCUGAGCGACGAUCAGAAGAGGACGCUGCUGGAUCGGUACAAGGUGAAGGAUACGCAGUUGCCACGAAUUCAGAUGCACGAUCCGAUCGCGCGGUAUUACGGAAUGCGUCGCGGACAAGUCGUGCGCAUCAUCAGGCCGAGUGAGACCGCGGGGCGGUACGUCACGUACAGACUGUGCGUUUAG